GAAGGUGAAGUUGUCACAUCAUAUCAUUGUUUGUUCUUCUUUCCAUUUCCACAAAUUACACAAACAAAAUACAUUGCACGAAUUUCGUUUUGGACGUUCGAAACUUCAAAACAAAAUACACAGGAAUUUUUUUGUAUUCUUGCUACUACCGUGUGUGAAUUUGCAUUGAUAUAUUUAUUUAGUAAUUUAAUUUCUGCGAACAUUUACAUGUUUUAUAUAUAAUAUAUUAAUUUAAAACGUUGUGUCACCAUGAGCACCACGCAUAUUGAAGUUACGUUGAAGGAAAUGUUGCAAAUGUCAUUGGGAGCACCAAAAAUCACUGACAUCAAUCUUUCGAUUUUGCAUAGCCUUUUCAACAUACUCCUUAAGAAGCUUGAUUGUCAAUAUGAAAAAGUGACAGUAUAUGGAUUGGAAGGAGCUUGCAUAAAAUCGAUUUUGGAUAAUAGCAGAAUAUCGCCUCUCCCUUUUAAUACUGAUAAAACCGAACUACUUUCAACUAAACUGGAAAAGCUAGAAAUUUUGGAAGAGCAUUAUAAAAGAGUUGCACAUCAGUUGGAAGAACAUUUUGAAGAAAUACGUAUAUGCAAUAAAAAAAACUCUGCGAAAUAUUCUGUAGUGGAUUGGUCAAAGUACAGCGGUCCGUGUGAAUGGUUUUGUACUACGGCCGAACCUGCGAGUCAACCGUUCUGUGACCUUUUAGAAAACUAUGACUUUAUCAUGAGUGUCAAGCGAAUAGUCGAGGAGCCCAUCGUUGAUUAUCAACGUCGGUUAGCAGAUACUUGUGAGCGCCUGGCAUACAUUGAAAAAGUAGCAGAUGAAAUCAGCAACUUUAGUCAAUAUCUUGCAAUGGAGCAAAAUUCUUUUACACAAGCCAUGGUAGAGCUGCAGGACAUGAUUGACGGGAAGAUGCAUAAAAUAGUUUUACCCUCACUCAAAAAGUACAUACAAACUGAAACUGGAAAAAUUAUCGAAAUUUGCGAGAAACUAAAACAGAAGGAAAUUUGCGAUAUAACCGAAAAAUUCUCGGGAUCUUCCGAAACUUGUCUGUCAUGCAAAGGCGUUUUAAUCAGAACAUCAGGAACUGCAUUUUUAGUGCCUAAUGAUAAUGUUCGAGAAGACGAAUCGAAGAGGCGAAAAAUUGCUAAAAAUUGUAAUCGAAAUGGCCCAUGUUUAAAAAAACAGAAAGAAGUAGAAUUAUUGGAAAGACUUGUUAAUAGAAAUAAAACAAAUGAAGAAACAAAAAUCAGCAGGGAAAUUAGAAAAUCAUGCAAAAUCAUUUCUGACCGUUUUGAUGUAGUAAAAGGUACUAACGGCGUCUACUACCGAAAGGCCUAACAAUCACUAUUUAAAAUCAAGACUUGUGCAAAUCUACCAGUAAUUUAUAAAUUUUUGAAAUGUAUAUUACAGAAAUGCCAUCUUACACGGUAAAAUAUAUUCCUCGGUUGUGAGUGAGAUAAUAAGUUCA